CUCUUAACAUAUCAGAGUGAGCCAGUUCUAGUGGAUCAGUAGAUUUUCAACUUGUUUAUAAUCAGAAGUAUUGUGAAAAUAUACUAAUUAAUAUUAAUAAUUAUACUUAAUCAUUUAAAGUAGUAGUUAAUAAUAAUUGAUUAUUUGUUAAAUAAUAUUAUUUUUUUAAAAAUUAGGAAUAACCAUGUGGAUAAGAGGCCUGACUACCUUCAUGCUCAAGAGCGUGACUAACACGAAGUUAAAGAACACGACUGUAGUCAUCGAUGGACAAAGCGUAUUCUUCAGGUUGUACAAGGAGUCGAACAUCCCUUACGCAUUUGGUUGUGAGAGUGACAAAUUCGCUAAAUAUUUAAAGGAAUAUCUCACCAAGUUUAAAAAAGCUAAUCUGGACUGCUAUUUUGUAUUUAAAGGAGGGCAUACCGACAAAGAUAUGCUCAACAUUCAUUACGAAGCUGAAAAUCGCUUACACGGAAGAGAUUAUAUUCCUGGUAGAGAAUAUAAUGAUAUAAUAAAACCACUGUUAGCUAAAGACAUUUGGUUUCAAACUUUGGAUGAAAUGGGAUUCAAAUACAUUGUCUGCAAUGGCGAUCACGUCACCGAGUGCAUUGCGCUCGCGCUGAAGCUCUGUUGUCCUCUCAUUGGCAACAACAUGCAGUAUUUCUUCUCACAAGUAGAGUAUGUGCCGGAAAUUAACACUGUGCUUGAUGAGAACGACAACCUCCUUUGCGUCAUACACACGUUGUCGAAUUUCAUGAGAAAAUACUCCAUGACAGAAGAGAAAGUGAUUUUAUUUAUUAUGAUUACUGAUCAACACAUAUUCGAUGAAAAUAUGUUCAAGAUAUUUUUUCAGCGUCAGAAAUUGUCGCGAUACGAUAAAAUUAUUUACAAAGACUUACUAAACUGGUUCUCAAAAAAAAGCAUCAAAAAAGAUAUUCCAGUUUAUUUCUAAACCAGAUAAAGCCACAUUUAUGGAAAAGAAAAGCGACCUGAAUGCCUUAGUACAAAAAAGGAAAAGUGCUGAUACAAUUUCGACACUCUACGUGACGGACAGAAAUGCAUCAAAAUUCGCACAAUCAGACCCUGAAUGGUUUGAAAAAGGAAUUUUCUUCAAAUAUAUCGCCAUACCAUACGUUAAUCUAUACAGGUUUAACAUUGUGAACGCCUCCAAUUUAAUCGAAGACUAUGAUCAAGAAAAUGCAGUAUUGCUUUCGAUAGAUAUCAUCAAAUAUGCUUUCGAUUUGCUAACGAACUUUGGAGGAGGUGAAAUAAGUAUAGAGCACAAGAACUCUGCUUCAUCUGACAUUAAACACACGCUUACUAAAUACGACUCUUCCAUUCUGAAACCAGAUUAUGAAGCAACUGUAAGCGUUUUCGAAAACGGCUGGGAUGAUAUAAAGCAACUAAAACUUUUUGAACAUUUCGUGACAGAAAUAUUGCAGACGUUCGACUUUGAGCGUCUGAACAAGGCACCGGCGGACUGCCGGCUCCUUCUCGUCGCACUGGUGUACUUUUCACGAAAAAGACCAGAUGUGAAACUUGAAGUAUACAGUAUACUGCUAUCUUAUGUAAUGCUGAACGUUGUUUUCGAUAAGAUGGACGGAUAUUGUGAUAGAUCUAAAUCUAACACAGGAAGUGUUGCAGCUAAGCCAUUUAUAGACUCGUUUACUGAUAAAGAUUUAGUGAAUGCAGCAGAUUGUGACGUCGCUUGCUCUUUAAUGGAUAAAUAUUUUAAAUUGAGGAACGACGAACUGUGUGAUAUUUUUGACAGAAAGGCCCUUCAUCCGUUAGUUGAGUUUCAACGCUGCUUGGAAGAGCUCAACUUUUUGAACCAAUUGUGCGGAUCGCAGUUUGAACGUACCGUGUACAGGAAGACCUACAACGGCACGUUUGUGUACAAGAUCCUUCGCGCCAUGAAGAACAGUGAGUGCCAGGAUGGAUUUCAGUUCAUCCAGGAAAAAAUAAACCCAGCGCCAACGGUUCUAGCCUUUCUGUCAGGAAUACUUGGGAUUUACGAAUCUAUUUUGUAUGACUAUUAAUUAUGAAUUAGGUGAAGUCGUAGACAUUUUGUUUGUCUAAUGUCUGGUAGUACGUCGUAUACUACUUAUGUUUUUAUUUUUUAUUGUUUACUGGUUGACCCACCAAACGUUGUUUCGACAUAAUGUUCAUUUACACGAGCAGCAACUGCUACUUUUUGUUAGUGUUAAAUUUUGAAAUACAAAUUAUACAAAUCCAGACUUCUAAAGGUUACAGUUUAUUGUAAGGAAAUUUCUUGAUUUUUUUUAAUCUUUUGUCAAAUUAGAAAUAUCUUAAAUAGUUUUUGAGUUAAAAGUCAAAACCGAAACCCUUUUUUAUUUUUAGUUAAUUGUUUAUAACUUUUUCGAGCUGGACUUUUUCAAGAACUAUUUAAAUAGUCGGAAAUUAAGUUACCGGGUAAAAGCAUCUCUCUUAACAUAAAUUCUUUUAAGUUCGUACUAAAUGUACGUAUCAUACGUAUGUACUUUUAAUUAAAAUAAAACAUUGAAUUACCGCAA